CGUCUCGCUGUCCCCAUGGGGCAGUUGUGCCCCCACCCCACAGCUCACACCCCCUCGGUGCCGCCCCCCUGUCCCCACAGCUCCAUCGACGGCCUCUUCCACCCGCAGAAGCGCAACGCCCACGUCCCGCUGUGGAACUACACCCUGCUGCGAGCACAGAUCUUCAUCGUCUACUUCAUCGCGGGGCUGAAGAAGUUGGACGCUGACUGGGUGGGGGGGUACUCCAUGGGGUCGCUGGCGAAGCAUUGGCUCUUCUCCCCAUUUCGGCUGGUGCUGUCGGAGGAGCUGACGAGCCGCCUGGUGGUCCAUGGGGGGGGGCUGGCUCUGGAUCUCUCUGCCGGGUUCCUCCUGUUCUUCGAUGCCACGCGGCCCCUCGGCCUCGUCCUCGUCACCUACUUCCACUGCAUGAACUCGCAGCUCUUCAGCAUCGGGAUGUUCUCGUACACCAUGCUGGCCAGCAGCGGGCUGUUCUGUGACCCGUCAUGGCCGCGCCGGCUGUGUGCCCGCUGCCCACAAUGGCUGCAGGGGGCACUACCCACCACCGCCCCCCCCCGGCGCAGCCCUGACUGUCACUAUGGGGGGCGGGGGGCUGCGCGGCGCCCCACGAUCCGGCAGCAGCUGGCGGCCGCCUUCACGUUGCUCUAUGUGCUGGAACAGCUCUUCCUGCCGUACUCACACUUCAUCACACAGGUGUUCACGCAGACCCGGCGCUGGAAGGACCACGCUGACAUGCUGAAGCAAUACUCGCUGUGCCUCAGCCACAUCCUGCCCCAGUACAACGUGUCCCAGCCCCAGAUCUACUUCGACAUCUGGGUGUCCAUCAAUGACCGCUUCCAGCAGAGGUUGGUGGACCCACGGGUGGAUCUGGUGCAGGCAGAGUGGUCCCCGUGGCGCCCCACACCCUGGGUGCUGCCGCUGCUGCUGGAGCUGUCGCCGUGGAGGGAGAAGCUGCAGGAGCUGGAGAGCGGCCUGGACGGACACACGGACGUGGUGUUCAUCGCUGACUUCCCCGGUUUGCACCUGGAGAACUUUGUGAGCGAGGACCUGGGCAACACCAGCCUGCGGGUGCUGCAGGGCGACGUGCUGCUGGAGCUGGUGGAGCAGCAGCGCAACCACAGCCUGCACCAGGGGGACAGCAUGCAGCUCCCGGCCGGGCAGUACCACAAGGUGCACACGGUGUCGGAGCAGCCGUCGUGUUACAUGUACACGUACGUCAACACCACGGCCAUGGAGCUGGAGCAGAACCUGACCCGGCUGCAGGAGCUGAGAGAGCGGCUGCAGAACGGAACCGAGACAGCCCCGCUGCCCCCCGAGCUCCGUCCCCUUGUUGGUGACCCCCUGCCCCCCGGUUCCACUCUGGACCCGCUGGUGGCCACGUUCCUGCGGCGGCAGAAGCGCCUGGAGGAGGCAGGACAGCGGCGCAACGCCAGCAGCGCGCAGCGCGUCCUGCGCUUCCUGCAAAGGAAACUGCAUCUCUUCCGACGCAGCCUGCUGAUGACCUGCAUCGCUCUGCGCAACCUGGCUCUGGGCCGCCCCCCCCCCGAGCAGCUGGCCCAGGAGGUCGCCUUCGCCAACUGGGGGGAGGGGGAGGAUGGAGGGGGGGGCACGACGCUGCCGCCCCCCCCCGAGCUCUGAACCCCCCCCCAUUCAAUUCAUUAUAACCACAAUAAAAGCUUUUCUAUUCCCAAAG